GGAGCAUGUACUGUCCGUAGCAUCAUCGUGUGUUGUCUGUUUAUUUUCAGUACCACGCGUUAAAUUCUGCUGUAAUUGAAAAAAGGUUUCAUUAUAAAUAUGAAUGGAAAUGACGAACAACCAAAUGAUGGCCCUUUUCUAAUUAAUGUGUAUAAAGAUGUCCAAUCAUACUACCAGGAUGCUCUACGCUCUAUACUAACAGCCACAAGAGCUUCCUGUGAUUUGCCAGCUGCUGGAGUAGAUUUUGAUUAUUACUCUUCUUUUAAUGGUUUUAAGGCAUUCUUAGUACGGGAAGGGCAAUCUAUAUUAUCUCUCAUGACAUGUCUAAUACAGAGCCAAGGAAUUCGGGAAAAAUUCCAGGGAUCAGAAUUGGAAGAAAAAUUCGACUUAUUAACUGAAGUUAACAAUGUAAUAUUGGACAAUGUUAGUACUAAUUUAGAUGAAGCAAGUGGUCUGAAAAAAACAGAAGAAGAACUUAUAUUAGCAGUGAAACCACAAAGUAGUAUAAAUACAAGUUGGAAUAAGAAACAAUUUAACUCAAAUUGUCCACAGAGCUAUAAACUACUAACGGCAAAAAAUAUUUCUCGACCACAGUUGGCAUUUAAAGAUAAAAUUGAUAAUACUAAUUCAAUAUUUGUUCCCAUAAUUAAAGAAAAACCAAAUUCCAUAAAAACCUCUUGCUGUUAUAUUAGAGAAGAUGUGGUGACAGAGAAGAGUCCAGAGCGUAUGGACAUUUUGGGUUGCCGAGGAUUUGGUUCGUCCAAUUUAGACACAGGUCAAGCUUUGUUCAUUUUUUCUUGUCUCUCUAUAUUCUCAAGCAUUUACUGUAAAAAAAGAUUGGAUAAAAGUUUGGUUAGCAGAUUGGAGAUAUUUUUGCAUUUGAAAGAAUUCUUUAAUCCAAUUUUGGCAUUGCUUUUAGCUGAUGUGUAA